AGCGCAGGCGCUCCUCAGCCUUGGGCCUGGAAACUGCGCGUUCGAGGUCGUGAAGGUGGAUUCCCCUCGAUACUUGCCUUUCGUUGCUUUCUUGUUUUCUUCUCCUGCAAUCACGCCAACACGGAUAGGCGCAAGAACAGCAUAUAUCGCACACACAUUCAAUAGCCCAGCAUGAGGAUACCAGCGCUUUUUGCGUCGCUUGCCAUUGGCACCACAGCGGCAUCCGCUGUCCUCGACCUCAUCCCGGAUAACUUCGACAAGGUUGUUCUGAAGUCUGGCAAGCCAGCUUUGGUCGAAUUCUUCGCUCCAUGGUGUGGACACUGCAAGAACCUCGCUCCCGUCUACGAGGAACUUGCAACGGCCUUCGAGUUCGCCAAGGACAAGGUCAGCAUCGCCAAAGUCGACGCAGACGCACAGAAGGAGCUAGGUCGCCGGUUUGGCAUUCAAGGUUUCCCCACACUAAAAUGGUUUGACGGAAAGAGUGACACACCGGAGGACUACAAGGGCGGCCGCGACUUGGACAGCCUGAGUGCCUUUAUCACAGAGAAGACCGGCAUUCGGCCUCGGGGUGCGGUCAAGCCACCAAGUGAGGUGAAGAUGCUGAACGAUAAGAAAUUCAAUGAGACCGUGGGCAAGGACAAGAACGUCUUUGUUGCAUUUACUGCACCUUGGUGUGGACAUUGUAAGACUCUGGCCCCGAUUUGGGAGCAGCUCGCUACGGAUUUUGUCUCCGAGGACAGUGUUAUCAUCGCCAAAGUUGAUGCUGAAUCCCCUGACUCUAAGCGCGUUGCCCAGGAACAGGGUGUCACAUCCUAUCCAACUAUCAAAUGGUUCCCCGCUGGCAAGACCGAGGCCGAGAAGUACUCGGGCGCACGAACAGAAGCUGCUUUCAUCGACUUCAUCAACAAGGAGGCUGGCACGUACCGAGCUCCUGGUGGUGGUCUCACCGCCGCCGGCGGUACUAUUGCUGCUGUGGACACUGUCAUUCAGAAGAUCGUUGACGGCGGCAAUACUGUUGCUGAGAAGGCAGAUGAAAUCGCCAAGGCUGCCAAGGCAGCAGCUGGCGAAAAGUACGCCGAAUACUAUGGCAAAGUUGCCGGCAAAAUCAAGGCGAAUGAAGGAUACCUCGACAAGGAGCUUAGCCGUCUUGAGGGCAUUAUCAAGAAAGGCGGUCUCGCUCCUCAGAAGCUUGAUGACCUUGUGUCGCGUAGCAAUAUCCUACGUAGAUUUAAGGUGGCAAAGACAGAGACUACAGAUGAAAAAGAGGAGUUGUAAGCCUGCAGACCGACGUCUUAGCAUAGCAGAUGACAGGGCAAGAGCAAUAUUCGACAUGUACGAUAAUCACGAAUAGUUGACCGGUCAACAAGGAGGCCCAAAAAUGAAACAACCAUCAUGUUAUCCUCCUUUGGAUGGUUUAGGAGAAUGCACAAUCGACGUGGUUUGUGCAAAGCAAAUGAAAGCACGCAGGAACGAUUGGCAGGCAUCGCGGAUUAGAAACGCCAAGCAAUGUCAAAAAGCUUCGUUUGUCGUCACAUAUUCUACACAAAUAGUGUGGCUGGUUUUUCGUUUUGGAACGUCUUGGGUCUCGCAUCUUCGUCGGACUUUUUAGUGCUUUUCUUUUCGAGACUGAUCAAGAGGGAACGAGCGGAGCUAUGAAACUGCC